AUGCUAGAUUUACAUCGUUCACCCGUUCACACGAAACUGAAGGCCAUCGCAAAUGCACCUUUGUUUGCAAAAGAUGUGAAGCAGCUGUCUCCUAAUGCACAAACCUAUGGAUUGGAAUCAUUCCACAACGUGCUGAAUAAUGGAUUUGCACCCAAAUCGACAGCAUUCUCGUAUGAAGGCAUGGCUGCACGAACAAUGAUCGCCAUAUUCCACUUUAACGAAAACAGUAGCCGCCUGCAAGCUGUCACGAACGAAGGGCAAGAGCAAUGGCACAUCAAAUCGCCAAAAGCCCAAAAAGGUGCAACCACUGUGUACCCCCGGAUGACCCCCGUGACUUUUGAGUAUGUGGACCGGCUACAUGAGGAAGUCCUGGAACGGUGCAAGACGUAUCCUACCUUCAAAGAGGCACUGGCCGAAAAGUCUCCAAAAGUUCCUCCGGCCUUUGUGAACCCAGUACCAAGGCCAUCUAAGGAAGAACUGGUAUCUGCGCACAGAAGAAAGUUCGCCAAGCCGUCCCUUGAGGGAGACGGCUAG